AGCCUCCAUACAUAAAAAUGUAAACUUUUAGCUGCAAUCCAAAGGUUCUCAUAAUAUUUCAAUGACUCACAAGAGUUCCAAAACCAAAACAAAAUUUUAUGAUCUUAAAUUCCCACCUCCACUGGUAGGAGGAUAUGAUAUAUAUUUCCUUUUAAAUUUCCAUGAACGAUAUAUUACAUCUUUGAAGGUGCUUCCAAGGAAUGCGUGACGACCCACUUCCUCUCAUCUCCUCCACCUCUCUCCACCAUUCUCUGGUUCUCCAAUAUAACCCUCCUGCAAUUGUCGUUUGCAUAAUUUGCAACCACGAAAUCCGUCUCUGCCCCGACGAGACACGAAGGGAGGGUACACCACACCCGCACUUUGCGUCGAGGACCCGUAAUUGGUAUUUGGCUCUCUAGUACAGGGACGCAGCGAGCACACCCAAGUCGCGACCUUUGGCGCUCUCAUGGAGAGAGGACUCUCCGGUCUCGAAUUGGAGACCCUUUUCUGUCGUGUACUCGGCUGUGCAAUAAUUAGUCUUUACUAAUCACUACUGCUUUUCUGUGUGGGAAUCUAGGUUUAGGGUUUAGGGUUCUGUGUGGAAGGUGAAAUGGGGAUCGUCGAUACUCAAGUGCAUGUUUAACGGCAGAGAUUUACUAUCAUUUUUUUCCAAAAACUAUUUGAAUUUCAUCUUUAUCUGGCUACGUCAGCAACUGGGUUUUUACCUGAUUUAGAGGUGGUGGACCCACUAUUGUAACAUUUGUAUGGAAAGUAGAGGUGUCUUAAUGUGGGUGAUGAAGCAUUUGGUUGUCUCCAAUAUGGAUCAUAAAUUCUGUGUUAGGUCAUUUUGUGCUGUUGGGAUUUCAGACUAUUUAUCCCCGAAGAGAAUGUUUUGCCUGUACUUGUUUGAGAUAAAGGGUUUCAGAAAAGGCGGAGACUUUAAUCAAAACGGAGAGGCAGAGGGGAAGAAUCUUCACAUUCAAACACGGUCUUGCAUUGUUACGUGGCUCGAGGAGGAAGAACGCUAUUUGUCGAAAGAACUUCAGGAAAUUUGUCUCAGUUGUUUGAGUUUGUAAUGGCGCUUUGCGUUCAUGAGACAACUGAGGUUAUCUUGGUGAGUUGGAAGUUUCAGCUUCUGAUGUGAUGGGAGAUAUUCCAGAGAGCUUCUCACCGUCUUCUUAUUUGUCUUCAUCUUGUCCCUCCACCUCUUUGUCUAAUCAUCAAAGAUUGUCGAUGGACACUGGACUUCGGCUAAUUGCUGAGCAAAGGGUUAGGGAAAUUUUUGAUACUGUUCGACCAGCUGUGGUUUCUGACAAGAGAAGGAAGGAUGUUAUUGACUAUAUUCGGAUUCUAAUUAGUGAUUAUUAUGGGACAGAGGUUAUAGAGCUCGUCCCCUUCGGCUCAGUUCCAUUCAAAACAUAUCUCCCCGAUGGAGAUAUAGACUUGACUGCCAUCACCCAUCCAAAUACAGAGGCAGAUCUGGCCAAAGAUGUCUGCACUAUUCUUGAAGCUGAACUGCCGGAUCCUAUGUUCAGAAUAAGGAACGUCCAAUAUGUCUGUGCACAGGUUAAGGUUGUAAAAUUCUCAGUGAAUAACAUAGCCGUGGAUAUUUCAUUCAAUCAGAGGGCUGCGAUUUGUUCCCUCUUUUUCCUGGAGCAGGUCAAUCAACUUAUUGGGAAAGAGCACCUUUUCAAACGCAGUAUUAUUUUGAUCAAAGCUUGGUGCUUUUAUGAAUCGAGAAUUCUUGGUGCACACUAUGGUUUGAUCUCAACAUAUGCGUUAGAAACAUUGGUCUUGCAUGUCAUAAACCUUUUUCAUUCUUCAUUACACAGUCCUUUAGAGGUAUUGUCUAGGUUUUUGAACUACUAUAGCACUUUUGACUGGGACAAUUAUUGUGUCACUAUAUAUGGCCCAGUUGCAAUAUCUGCCCUUCCCGAUAUUGUUGUGAAUCCAGAAAAUGAUGGGGAUAAAUUACUGCUCAGUCGGGAAGUGUUGAGGAAUUGUAGAGAAACUUUUUCAGAUUCGGUAAAGGCACUUGAGACGAGCUGUGAAUUCCGUGUUAAGCAUCUCAACAUAUUAGAUCCUCUAAAGGAAGAUAACAACCUAGGACGAAGUAUUAGCAAAGGAAAUUUGCAUCGUAUAAAAUGUGCCAUUACGUACGGGGCUAGACAACUUCAAGAGAUAUUCCAGCUACCAGGACAAAUCUUGGGUCUUGAACUUGAGAAUUUUUUUAUUAAUACUUUGAGACGGAAUGGGAAGGGACUAAGGCCAGACGCUGUAGUUCCUGUUGCAGUAUUUGGUACUGGAAGAUGCGAGGAAUUUGAUCUCUGUGGAGACUAUGACAAUUACUUCACUGGUCCACUACUUGACCGUUGGUGUCCUGAUCAUUGUGCCUCACUUGUUCCUGACCAAUCUAAAUCUUCAUCAUUACCUUCUCCAUCAUUGCGUUAUCUAGUUGAGAACAAUUCAGAUGUCUUGUACUCAUUGGUGCCUUCUAGAAAUAAUAUCACCUAUACUCCUGGAACAGAUGCAUUUUUUUUGGGACCGCCAGUCUGCCAUGUUUUUGCUCCCCAGUUAUUUGCUUAUGGUCCUAGCAGUAAUAGAAUGAGGAUGUCACGAGGAACAGGCACCUACAUUCCUGACAUGAACCAUCAUUCUUACAGAGAGAGGCAAGCACCAUUGAGGGUUGGAAAUCAUGAGACUAGGACCCGUGGCCAGUUGCAGAGGCCACUUCGAAUAGGUGCCCGGAUUGAAAACUCCACAGAGCCGGCUGAGGGUGAAAACAACCACUGUCCUCAUCUUUCAUUGAAUGAAUUUCCAAUCCCUUUCAGGCAACAAUAGAAGCACAUCAUCAGAUGUCCAACGAUCAUGUUGAAGCUCUCUAAACUAUCCCCUUUCCGAGUAUUGAUUUCGGUACUUCAAAACCGCCAUCUGGACCUUCUAUCUAGCAAAGAAAUUAGAUGAGUAAAGUCUUUUGAACUCUACAAUUUCUACAUCAUGCGUGCCAACAUAGGAGCAAAAACAACUCAGAAUUCUAAAGUGAUAAGAGACCAAUGCAUUCCCUAAAAAUUGUGAACCUUUUUCUUGCUGAUUAUGGAGUUUUUUUUUUUUUUUUUUUUUGGAAAAGGAUGAUGAAUUUCUUCUUAUCCGCUAUGGACUUGAGUUGAAGAGACUCAAGCGAACGUGCCAUUGUUGGGAAAGAAAUACCUUUCCUUGGGAAUUUUUUUUGAAACAUUUAUAUCAGUCCUUAAGAUUUGCAGAUGUUUUUGCUUGUGCUUUGACCUUUCAAUUUAAAUGUUGUUUUCCCUUCCAAAUCUCUUCUGUGCCUUAGAAGUUACAAUAACUUGUAAUGGUUGGGAUUGGAAAGAUUGUUUAUGCCUGAGCAUGAUCUAGCUAGUUGUGUUUUUCACUGGAAAAUCAAACAGGACUGUUAUGCUGAUAAGAUUGAAGACACGAUCCUUGUUCCUCUUCAAAAUCCAUUGGAUUUUUCAUGGACAGCACAAACAGGUACAGGAGCUCAGAUAUUGGAGUCAUCCUUUGACUUAUAUGUUGAGGCAUGGUAGCAGCAGAGUAAGGAGAGUCCAUGUUUUAACUUGGUUUACAGCAAUGACUCAUUGCUUGCAAUCUCAAAAGUCACUGUUGUCGUGAUGCUUACAUAGCAGUAGAUUAAAAGAGGCUUCAC